AUGGUAGUUGCAUUCAACACGGAAACCCUUAAUGGGCUUUGUUCAAACGACCAACUCAAACUACUAGAUGCCAUCGACAACCUGCGUCUCCAGGGAAUCGAUCACUACAUAUCCCUACCGCAAAUCAUUGUAUGCGGUGACCAAUCAUCUGGCAAGAGUUCUGUGCUCGAGGCCAUCUCAGGAGUCCCCUUCCCAGUUCAGAGUAACCUCUGCACCCGAUUUCCUACAGAGCUUGUGCUCAGACGCUCGUCUGAGACUGGCGUGACCGUCUCGAUCAUUCCCGAAGAUGGCCUUGUUACUCCAGCUCAAGAUGGUCUUCACGAGUUCCACCAAGGCUUUGAGGGAUUCCCUAGCUUGGUUGAAAAGGCCAAGCUAGCCAUGGGGAUCUCGACAUCAGGCAAGGCCUUCUCAAAGGACCGGCUUCGAGUUGAAAUCUCUGGCCCUGAUCGUCCCCACCUCACCAUCAUCGACAUGCCUGGUCUCAUCCACUCGGAAACGAAGUCACAGAGUGCAGCAGAUGUUGAACUGGUUCGCCAAGUCGUCAAGAAGUACAUGGAAGAACGCAGGAGCAUUAUCCUGGCUGUUGUUUCUGCCAAGAAUGACUUUGCGAACCAAGUGGUGUUGAAUCUAGCCCAAAAGGUGGACAAGCGAGGCAGUCGCACUAUGGGCGUAAUCACGAAGCCGGAUACUCUAGUUCGUGGUUCUGGAAGUGAGCAGCAGUUUAUUUCUCUGGCAGAAAAUAAACAAGUCCAUUUCGACCUCGGUUGGCAUGUCCUGAGGAACCUCGACUCAGAAACUCAGAAGGGAUCGUCGCUCUUGAGCAAUCGCAAUGCGGAGGAAACUCGAUUCUUUUCUCAGGGGGUUUGGAAUACACUCUCGACCUCGAUGCUGGGAAUUGCCGAGCUCAGGAAAAGGCUCAGUGAUGUGUUGCUACAGCAGAUUGCCCUUGAAUUACCGAGCCUGAUUCGUGAGAUUGAUCAAAAGCUGGACGACUCUCGCCGACAAUUGAAGAAGCUCGGGGAACCACGGCUCACCCUUGAAGAGCAACGGCUGCAACUAUUACAGAUUAGUCAAACCCUACAGUCGGUUGUUGAACGUUCCGUCAACGGGACAUACAACGAUUCAUUUUUCAAGGAUGCCGAAACGCCUGAAGGGUACCAACAACGGAUUCGCGCCGUAAUUCAAGCUCUGAACAAGGAAUUCGCGGAAGAGAUUGGGACCCACGGCCACCGACGUGAGAUUAGAAGCAAGACAUCGGUAGCUUCAGUGUCCCCAGAGUAUAUCACCAGGGACAAGUAUCUUGAUCAUGUUCAGAUAAUAAUGCAGAGGACUCGAGGUCGGGAACUACCAGGAAUUUACAAUUCCAUGGCAAUAUCGGACCUGUUUCAUCAACAAUCAUCUCCAUGGGAAUUGAUUGCAAGGAAGCACGUCGAUAAAGCCUGUGAGGCAGUCGAAAAGUUCCUCAGGAUCGCCAUCUCACAUGUUGCCGAUCCAUUUAUCGGCGCUUCUCUGCUUGACAAAGUAUUUCGCCCAGCCGUCGCGAAACUACGCGAGACCGCUCAGAGCAAAACUACCGAGCUGCUUGAUUCUCAUCGACGUCUCCACCCAAUCACCUAUAACCGUGAAUAUGAGGAGACUAUUCAUAAGAUCUGCUGUGGAAAAAGGGAACAGAUAGAAGCGAUUGUCAAGAGCAAUCUUUGUGUAGAGUCUAUAUCGACUGAUAACCUCUUAUCCAUGUAUUCCAAUUACAAUCUCCAAAGGCUUGUUGACGAACUAGCCGAGGCUACUAAACAUGACGUCGGACGUUCCGCAGCCUCUGAAGCGCUCGAUCGCAUGCUUUCUUAUUAUAGUAUUGCCAUGAAGCGUUUCAUUGACAGCAUUGCCAUGGAGGUCAUCGAACGGCAAAUACUAGUGCCCCUCUCUGAGAUCCUCUCCCCUGUGGCUGUCUUCAAAAUGUCACCGCAGCUCGUAGAUUGUGUUGCGGGAGAAUCUCAGAAAAGCCGCAAAGAGAGAAAGGAGCUGAUGAAGAAGAUCGAAAUUCUUCAGGCGGGUCUGAGUACCUGCAAGCAAUUUGCUAGUUUAAGGCUGGAAGAUGAAUCCUCUUCUAAUGCAGAAGAGACCGAAGCUGCUAAUGCAGAAGAGACUGAAGCUGCUAAUGCAGAAGAGACUGAAGUCCAUACAGACUCAGUCAACUCAGCAGAGACACAUCCCGAGACAUAUGCCAAUAUAGAUCCGAGCAAUCGCGAUACUUUUUGGGAAUUUAGCAGCCUUCCAACACCAAAGAAGAAUAAGAAGAGGCAUAUAAUGAUGAAGAAGAAGAUGAAGAAGGCAUAUAUGGGACUUGAGGGGAUGGCUCAGGAAAACUCAGAGCGUGUCUAG